GUGAGGCCCGAUCGGCCCGAGAGCCCAGCUUGCGACAGUUGUCGCUCGGUCGCUCUCAAGGAGUCAUCUCGGUUUCGUUGGUUCCUAAAGGACUCUUUUUUUAAUAAAACAGAAUAAAGGAUUCUUUUAAAUAAAACAAUUUUCGGAGGCAUCUCAAAGGACUCGAGAAAAUUAUCAAAUAAUAUUUUACGCACUUUCAAGUACUUGUCAAAGAUCUCUUAGGAAGCUGUCAACAAGACUAGAGAGAAUUCAUUAAUCAAUUGCACGUGUUAGUUCCAGAUUUCGAGAUGGUGAAUCUGAAGAACGCCCUGGGUGCUGAUGAGCUUACCGAUAAGAAGGUCGGUCUUCCUCGCGCUCUUCUGGCAGAAUUUUUAGGCACCUUAUUACUGAACUUCUUCGGCUGCGGUGCCGUGGUGACCGGAGAUGUUGCCGCCAUCAGCCUGGCCUUCGGUUUGACGGUAGCGUGCGCAAUUCAAGGGAUAGGACACGUCUCCGGAGGUCAUGUCAAUCCAGCGGUCACGCUCGGUCUCGUCGUCAUCGGGAAGGUUCCAAUUAUUAGAGGCGUUUUGUAUGUUGUGGCGCAAUGUGCGGGCGCUAUCGCAGGUUCAGCGAUUCUUAGAGCUCUCUCGAAUGACAAACUGGAGGAAUUUCUAGGCGUGGUGAAGCUUGCUGAAGGGAUCACUCCAGUGCAAGGUUUCGGCGUGGAGUUCUUUCUUGCAUUGAUCUUGGUGUUGGUAGUUUGCGGGGUAUGCGAUGCCGCUAAACCGGACAACAAGGCCAUCACGCCCCUCAUAAUCGGUGUGGCGGUCACUGUUGGUCAUCUCGUCGGAGUACCGCGAACGGGUGCGGGGAUGAAUCCGGCACGUUCGCUGGGCAGCGCCGUGGUGAUGGGCGCUUUCAAAGAUCACUGGGUGUAUUGGGUGGGUCCGAUUAUGGGCGGUAUGGCCGGUGCACUCCUCUAUGUGCAUGCUAUCGGACCCGCCAAGCAACCGGAAGCACCCACCAGAACCUAUGCCUCCGUCUCCACCGAGGAAAAGGAGAGGUUCGAGUACAUUGACAGCGGACGUGGCGGACUUUAAGAUACGAAGAUGCCCAGACAUACAAGAGCAAUCUAGCGAUUCGCCUAUAGCAUAGAACUUUCAUUUUAAGAAAAUAAGAAUAAAAAAAGAACAGCGAAGAUGAAAACAUCCUUAUUUUACAGCUCCAGACUCUUACCAACAGGAAAAACGUCAAUCCCGCUUGAUGCUUUAACCGACUCUAACCAUCUUCUUUUGCCAACUCGCCAAUCACCUGUCUAUGUGAUAAGAACUAUCAGACGACUCUUUUAUACAUAUAAAAACCGCACGUGUAUUUCAAAACUGAAAUUAAUGAAAUUACACAGCUUACUGACAGAGUGGUUUUAGAAAAACGUGAUCGUGACGUCGAUUUUUAUUUAUCAUUGAAGAUAUAUAUAGGACCAUUUAAAGACAUAAAUACCCACAUUUCAAUCAACGUUUCGAAAUAAAAUGUAUAAUUUUUAUGAUACAAUAUAUAAUUAAAGUUUUUUAAAAGUUCAGCGCAAGAAGUAUUAACGUAACUUAAAAAGCUUUUGAUGUUAAAUAAUUUGAAAAAUUAAUCAAAUAUAAUCACAAAAAGCAUUAAACGCAGCUAAAUUAAUUAAAUCGAAAAUGGAUUUCUCAAGAAAAUUUAUAAUUUUAUAAAAUAUUGAAGCGAUAAGAGAGUCUCUGUCUUUGUCUAUAAUUUUGUGCCAAUUUAUCACAAUAUUUUUCAUUGCACAAACUGAACUUUCAAAAAUUUAAUUAUACGAUAUUCUUAUAUAGACCGUCCUGUAAUCGCGAAAGAUAAGAAUGUGAAGAAAGCCAAAGAGAUCGUCACGAAAUAUUUCACUUGCCGAUAUCUCAUGUUGAUAUCUACAUUGGGUGACACAGUCAUUUAUUGCACGAGAUUGCAUUUUGAUAACGCCACUGAUAAUCGAUCGACCUAACUUUCGGCUAAAUUUUCCUGCACUUUAAUCAGUCAUAUUUGAAAAAUCAUGCAAUUUGCUUAAACCCAUGUAUAAAAUAAUUUCAGCAAUUGACAGUAUUCCACAAUUAUACUUCAACGAAUGUGUUUCUAUUAAUUAGUAUGAAGACUCAAAAUUUCC